GAAAGAUACCAUAAAGCGUUACGUUCCAUUAUCUUCACGUGUGAAGUUGAUAAUUAUCAUUCAAUAAUGAGGUACUAAAAUGCUUCGUUGUAACUAUAUUUUUGACUAGUUUUAAAUCGUGGUUUUAUGUUGACCUGCUCGAGUACUUAUCUAUUGCAAUGAAGUCCGAAUGAGGUAUCUAAUCGCGAGCGGUGCAAUUUGAGUUCAAUAAUGCAGAGACAAGAGCGGACGGAGGCGUAUAUACUAAACGAUUUUUGUUUGAUGGGCAAAUAAGUGAGCCAUUUGUAAAUAUGAGUCGCUCAGAAACGCUGGUGGCUUGUCAUAUCAGGUGUGCGGGAACGACGUUAUUAUAUUACAAUUAGCAACCAAAAUCUACAUCUAGCUGGCUUGGGUUGGUUCAAUAGGUUUUUGUAACAUCCCACAGUACGGCGAUAUACGUAUGCUGGUAUAUUCUGCUAGCGGGCCGUUGCAUAAAGGUAUUCGUUCGAUAACAGAGAAAGCAAUGUCUGUAUGCUGCUUGCAAGAUGAUAUAUAUAUUCUCGGAAUAAAUAACCUUGCAAUAGGAUAAAUUAGGCUGAAGUAUCUGCAAUCUGAUAGUCUUUGGGGACAAUGGGUAAAAAUAAUGAAUAGUGGAUGGUGUUGCUAGCUUAAACGCCAGAAAGUGUUGACAAAGCUACAACAUGAGAACAUGCAGUAAAGUUUUAAAAAGUAAGCAAAAAAAUCAUGUGCUAAUUUGAGUAAAUAUUUUCUUAGUCUCGUAGUCAAGGCCAUGGAGUAGAGGAAGGGUUUUAUCCACUUACGAAACAUUUAAAAGUCGACCAUGGAUGAAAAAUAUAGUAAACAGUUCGGCCAUUAUUGACUUAUAAAUGCCAUGACCGAAUAAAUCAAAUAACACGUAAGAAAUUUUUUUACAGAGCACUGGUAUAUACUAUAAUACAUUGUGAUAAUGAUUGGGGAGGGAAGACUGCCGUGUGUUUUUUUCAUCACAAUCUCGCUGUUAGCACUUGGGAAUGCUGAGCCAACUGUUGAGAAUCAUCAUAAACUUCUACUGCUUUCAAUCGACGCUUUAAGGUGGGAUUAUUUCGACCACAUUAAAGACAUGCCAGGCUUCAAAUAUCUUCGCGAAAAUGGGAUAAGAGCAGAGUAUGUGAAGCCAGCGUUUCCAUCCCAUACAUCUCCGACACAUACAACAAUGGCUACAGGACUCUAUUCCGAAAGUCAUGGCAUCGUUCAUAACUGUUUCUAUGAUCUGGAAAAAAAUACAACUGGCCAAACUGAUUUUCAUGGAGGACUUGCAAUUAACGAUUGGUGGGACAACGGACAAGAACCAAUUUGGAUUACAGCCUCUUCUCAAGGAUUGAAAAGUGGCGGUUAUCUGUACCCGGGUAGCAAUGCUACAAUUGGCGGGAGAAGUGCCACAAGAUCCAUUCUUCAGAAAAAGACGACGAAAUUUGACGAAACGAUAUGGCGAGAACGAAUAGAUGACGUCAUGAAAUGGUUCACUGGAGAUGACUUCGAUUUCGUCGCUUUAUACUUUGAGCAGCCUGAUGCAUUCGGUCACAAAUUCGGUCCUGACUCAGAUGAAGUUGUAAAGAUGAUCUUGCCUGCUAUUGAUAGAACGUUACAGCAUCUUUUCAAGCAAGUCCAGAACUACGGCCUCACAGAAAGUUUGAACAUGAUCGUUGCAAGUGAUCAUGGAAUGACAAAUAUUAAGCUGGACAUACCGGAUGAUGAAGUUAUUGUUAUUUCAAAAUAUAUUGAACCAAGUUGGGUAACAUUUCAAUUUGGUUACGGACCUUUGGGACUUGUUGAGCCGGUAACAGAACAUAAAACGAAUGUUUAUGAAGCAUUGAAGGCUGCCAACACUCACAUGGACGUUUAUUAUAAAGAAGAUAUUCCAGAGAGAUUUCAUUACAAAAACAAUCCUCGUGUACCUUCUAUCUUUAUUUUAGCCCAUCCAGGACACCGUGUUUAUGAUAAAUUUCCAGAGUCUCACGCCUAUAAAGGAGAUCAUGGCUACGAUAAUGACCUGGAGAAGAUGAGAGCAUCCUACUAUAGCAUAGGACCGUCGUUCAAAAAAGGAAUAACGGUCGAAGGAUUUGAAUCAGUCAACAUAUAUCCUCUCAUGUGCCAUCUUCUUGGUUUGGAACCUGCACCAAACAAUGGUUCGCUUGAUGUUUUGUUUACUACUUUGAGAGAGGUCGAAAAUGAAUCCGAAAACGAACAAACAAUGUAUUUUAUACUUUCUACUACGUCUUUUGGGCUCGUUCUUACUUUUUUCGUAAGAAAAAUGUCUUAGUAAUGAAGUUAACAAAAUUAUUUGCAGGAAAAACCAGUGACACUUUUAUCAUGUAGUUACUACAUGAUAAAAGUGCCACUGGUUUUUUAUUCAAAUAAUAAUUGUACAUUGAUCAUCAUUUUAUAUGUAAAUAAUAGUAUAUAAGAAUAAUCAAUAGGGUGUCCGCAAGGAUGGGCGCAUAUAAUAUUAGAAAUUUUAGCAUGCAAUUAAAACUAAUAUAUAUUAUUUUCAUAAAUGCUUUCCCAUAAUUAGCAUGAACUCGAUGUAAUAAAUUUACAUUGUCGUCAAUUUUGUUAUAUAUAUUCACUUUUUAUUCGUUGAAUCAAAGUCAUUAAAUGGAAAUGGAAAUUGUUUAGCAUUGCGUGGGUAUAGAGACAAACAUCUAAAAAGGAAAAUAAAAACCUACCAACAAGGAUUAAUGUUUUUCAGCCUAUAACUCCAAGCGGUGGCAAUCAUAUUUUGUUAUUGUAUGCUUUGGUAUAAAAAUAUUUUACUGAUAACUCAUUAUUCAUUUGUCACUACGCACAACAAAAUAUUUCACCUGGG